GUGUCAUUCUAGCGUUUAAUGCUGAGGAGGACUCUAGCCUCCGAAGGACUGCACUAGGAAGGACACAGGAUGCUGCUUUCCGUUUGAGAAGCACCCAGUGGAGUAGUAGGCAAGUAGCGCGAGUGGCGUUACUAGAGGGAUGUACGUCACGAGAGGGGCGGGACUCGAGUGUCAACAAACUGAUGCGCUUUAAGGCAGCAGAGCAGAGCAGAACAACAUUUGAAACACUUUCAAUGAAGCCAUCGCUUAGCAUUAGAUUUAGCAUUUAAAAAUGGCACAGUUUGGAUUAUGUGCAUUGCUUCUGUUCUCUGGACUGGUUCAUCACAUCAAAAGCCAUAUUAGAAAGGAGAACAAAACAGGUGAGAAGGAACGACCCAAUUUCAUCAUUAUCUUAGCCGAUGAUAUUGGAUGGGGUGACCUCUGGGUGAACAGGCCUGAUAACUCCACACCAACACCCUGGCUCGACUCAUUAAUGCUGAAGGGCAAAAGAUUCACAGACUUCCACUCUCCUGCCUCCACAUGCUCACCGUCACGCGCUGCCCUCCUGACCGGCAGACACGGGCUGCGCAACGGGGUCACUCAUAAUUUUGCAGUGGGGUCAGUCGCAGGACUGCCACUCAAUGAGACAACGUUUGCUCAGCUCCUGCAUGACGCAGGUUAUUAUACAGCCAUGAUCGGAAAAUGGCAUCUUGGACACAAUGGUUCCUAUAAUCCUGUUCAUAGAGGUUUUGACUAUUACUUCGGUAUUCCUUAUAGUAAUGAUAUGGGCUGCACUGACAAACCAGGCCUCGACCUUCCCAGCUGCCCUCCCUGCAUCCUUAAUCAAUAUACUACUAGGAAGCAUGAAGGAUGCUACACUCAAGUGGCAUUACCUCUGUAUGAAAAUGAGACAAUAAUUGAACAACCCUUGGACACAUGGAGCCUUAAAGACAGAUAUGCCAGAGUGGCAGUCAAGCAGAUAUUCACAGCCAGCAUUUCUAAGCAGCAGCCGUUCCUGCUGUAUGUGGCUCUUGCUCAUAUGCAUGUCCCACUGUUCCAUAACACCUUCCUAAACGUUACGACACAAGACCCUUACACAGCCAGCCUCAGUGACAUGGACUCCUUGGUGGGGACAAUCAUGCAGGCGGUCAGCACCGAGCAGCUGGAAAACACAUUGAUAUGGUUCACUGGUGACAAUGGCCCGUGGGAGCAGAAAUGCCAGUUUGCUGGGCAUGUUGGGCCUUUUGCUGGAAGAUGGCAGACAAGCAGAGGUGGUGGCUCAGCCAAGAGAACCACAUGGGAAGGAGGUCAUAGAGUUCCCACAGUGGUCACAUGGCCUAAAAAGAUCAAACCCAACAGCACCAGCAGCGCCCUGCUGAGUGGUUUGGAUAUCUUUCCAACCAUCCUCUCCCUGGCUGGCGUAAAAGCACCAUCGGAUCGACGGUAUGACGGCAUUGAUAUAACAUACAUUCUGCUCAACGACUCUGACACAGGGCAUAAGAGUCUCAUGCAUCCAAACAGCGGCGCUGCAGGACAAUUUGGGGACCUUCAAACCAUCAGACUGAAACAUCACAAGGCCUUUUACAUCACAGGUGGAUCAGUGGCGUGCGGUGGAGGAAGUGGACAACAGCAGUAUCACGACCCCCCUCUGAUAUUUGACCUCUCAAAGGACGAGGCAGAAGAGACCCCUCUGAACCCUGAGAGUGAAGAGUACAGAUCUGUCCUGAAAGAAGUGGAGAGAGAGAGGGAGGCUCUGCUGUGGGACAUCGCCACAGACAGGGUAUCGUCAGCUGACUACACCAUGAUUCCGGCUGCAGUCCCCUGCUGCCAGCCACACAACCCCGCCUGCCGAUGUCACAGUUUGAAAUGAGGUCAGUUGAUUCAGCCUUGAACUCAGCACUGUUUAUCAGUGUGUUAGAUCGUAUCAACAUAUUGAAAGCACUGUCUUUUCAUACACUGAGAAGAGCAUAGUUCAAAUAUUGAGUCCAAUUUCACAGAAAACCACACCGGUUUACUAAGUAUGUUGAUGAGUAAAGUUAAGUCUGCGUAACAGGAAACUAUAGCUGUGCAAGAUGUUGUAAUACUUUUUUAUCCUGCUAUUUAAUCAUGAGCUAGACCAGGGGGUUUCAAAUUAGAGCUUUUUAACACAGUUACCGAUUUUUAUAUUAUUGUUUGAUUGUGCUUUCUAAAAACUGGUCAGAAAUCAUGAGAUCAAUCACAACACUUUUGACAUCUCUAUUUUUCAGCAGUAAGAAAUAUCCUUUUAUAAUUUAAUUUAAUUUUAAUUUUAAAGUUUACACAUCUUGCAUUACUGUAAAAGUGAAUAUAACAAGACACUGUAACCCGAAUACCAAGUAAAUAUUCUCCAUAUAAUAUUUUAUAAUUUAAUUUGACAAUAAAAAUUAUUUAUAAUAAU